AUGCCGAUACACCAGGGCAUCCUCCCUCGCGAAGGCUUUUGUGCAGACGUGAUUCUAAAGCUCAUCCGCAGAACCCUUCUCAACCCAAACCUCCUGCUACCCUUGGUUCUUCUCGCUCGCUUUACCAAAAAGGGCCAGGACCUCUCGAUUCUACACCCCAAAGCAGCGCGAUGGUUGCGUAAGCUCUUCUACAUCGCCGUAGCGCGUGGAGUCGGCCGUUGGCUCUCAGACAAGGUCCGAAACAACUGGGUCAACGACAAGUAUGACUGGUCAAAGGAGAUUGUGCUCAUCACAGGCGGUUCCACGGGCAUCGGCGCCUUCAUAGUGAAGCUCUUGGACGAGAUGAAAGUCACGGUCGUGGUGCUAGACGUGCAGAAGAUGACAUAUGCGGCCUCUUCGAGAGUCCACCACUUCUAUUGCGACGUCAGGUCGCCAGAGAACGUGGUUGCUGUUGCUGAGAAAGUAAAAAGUCAAGUCGGCCACCCCAGUAUCAUCAUCAACAACGCUGGUGUCGUCCGCGGCAAGACUAUUCUAGAUGCCACGCCAGCAGAUGUCAGACUUACGUUUGAUGUCAAUGCGUUGGCCCAUUAUUGGGUUGUCCAGGCAUUCUUACCGCAUAUCGUGGCCCAGAAUCAUGGCAUGGUCGUAACGAUGGCGUCUUAUGCCUCGUGGCUUACAAUUCCCAACAUGGUAGACUACGGUGCAACCAAGGCCGCAGCCAUGGCAUUCCAUGAGGGUCUUUCAGCUGAGUUGAAGACCCGAUACAACGCUCCCAGGGUCCGCACAGUAAUAGUCCAUCCUGGAGCGACCAACACGGAACUCUUCACCGGCUUCAAACAGGGAGCACCUUUUUUGAUGCCCCAUCAAGAGCCCGAGUCCAUUGCCGAGGCAGUAGUCAAGCAGAUCCUGAGCGGUCGCAGUGGUCAGAUCAUUCUGCCAGAAACUGGAGGGAUAUGGCCCUCCUUGCGAUCCCAGCCGGAUUGGUAUUCGUUUCGGGUCCGCAGCAAAGCCCAGACCGGCAUGUUGAACUUUGACGGGCGGCAGAUAAUCGAGGACCCAACUACAGCUGCUGCUCCUUUCAAGUCCAUCGGCAGCAGCUAG